GUUGCAUUCUGGUAAAUUGAGUUUAUUAUCGUUGAGGAAAGAUGGCAGGCGUGCAGCCGCCACCCCUCCGGAGCCUGGAUGAUUUCCUCCUGAGCUCGGCCCGGUUCGCCGUGCCCGAUGUGCGCGACCUGGACCGCUGGAACAACCGCAUCAUCAACAACCUGCUGUACUACCAGAGCAACUACCUGGUGGCGAUGCUCGGCCUCCUGCUGCUGGUGGGGUAUUUCCAGCCUGUCCAGUUGUUUGUCGGGGCGGUGGUGGUUACCGUGUUAUUCCUGGGCUUUGUCUGGGUCGCCGAGAACCAAGCUCCCAUUCGUCGUUUCCGUAGAAACCACCCAUCGGUCGCUGUGUUGGCAAUUCUUUUGGCCAGUUACCUCUUCGUAUCGGUGCUGGGAGAUGUGGCCGUGUUCCUGUUCGGGAUAGCCUUCCCUAUACUGAUGGUUCUGGUCCAUGCGUCGGUGAGACUGCGCAGCCUGAAGAACAAGCUGGAGAACAAACUGGAGAGCAUCGGUCUGAAGAGGACACCCAUGGGACUCCUGUUGGAGGCCCUGGGGCAGGAACAGGAGGCUGGAUCCUAGAGAGACAAAAAGGAAGAGGAGAUCUGCAGAGGUGGGGGGGGAUAGUUUGGGUGCCAUCUGAGGGUAAUGGCAAGAGAAGUGGACGUGAAGUGGGAAGAGGCGAGGAAAAAGCGUAGGAGAAGGAGAGAAUUACUGCAGGGAAAGAGGAAAAAUAAUAAGAAAAAUGAAGUAGAAAGAAAGAGUCAGGAACAAAAGGGGUGGUUUGGUUUGUCAAAAAUAAUUAAUUGGAGAUGCUAUGGUCCAAUGGGAAAAAGAAUAGAAAUCAUCAUAAUGAACAAAUGAAUCGAAUCAUCCCUGAUCUGCUUUUGCACUUUAAGCGCACAUUAUUUUUUUUCAUUUAUUUCAUUUCAUGAUACAUUUCUGUGUUUAAUGCAAGUGUGCAGUGUCGUAGCCGUAUGGGCGUAUUCACAUUGAGUCACAUUGAACCUUAAAGGGGUUGUAUGAGGUACUUUCUCCAUAGUCAGAGAAUCACUCACAGUAGAUGACGCAUAAAAUGUAUUUUGCCUGAAAAAAAUGUAUAUCUGUUAAAGUGUACGCUAUAUUUAGAAUAUUUUUACGAAGGCAAACUGAACUGAAAGUGAAACACAUUUCUUCUGUUUUUGUCAUCUGAGGUUGCCGGCUUAGGAGAGAGCAUCGAUAAGUCUCACUUUCAGUUCAGUUCCCUGUCAGAAAGGAGAAGGAAAGGGCUGUCUGAUGGCAAGAUAAAGCGGUGAAAAUAUUCUAAAAAUAGCGCACACUUAAACGGAUAUCGAUUUUUUUUUUUUU